UGUAUUUGCUGUUCCAGGGCUUAUUCCAGAGUUUGCGCUUCGCUCGCGGUUGACCUUUAACCCGCUGUUAUGAUUUACAGAUCGCUCUGUUGUGUGGGUGUGACAGUUCCCAUUCAGACGUAAACACAUUUACAUGUGCUGACAGAAACCCAUUCGUCUUUCGGCGUCUUAACCGGCCAGAGCGCUGACAGAAACAUAUAGGCUGUCACGGCAUACAGCCAGUCGGAUAGGAAAGAGGAAAGAGAGCAGAGCAGAGGAGGGAGAGGAGAGGAGGAGAGGAGAGGAGAGGGGGAGCGUCUCUCUCCUAUGAGCCGCCUGCUGUUGUUGCGUCUCCCAUAUGUGUGUGCAGGUGUGCGUGGCACUGGAGUUUCCUGCUCGCUGCCUCCUAAACAGCCUGCCUCAUUUGACAACGCAAACAAGGAGCACACAAACCUGGAGCUGGGGAGAGGAGGGGGAGGGCCUUCAGGGAAAAGCGUUACAGGGGCAUUUUUAUUGUGUUUAUAUGCAUUGUAAAGGGUCCACACAUUUCCAGAGCCUCUGAAAAAUUAGAGCUUUAUGAAAGCUGAAAAGCACAAUAGACUCAACAGGAGAUUUGCAGCUUCAAAAUAAGUACUUUUUCUAAGGGUGUGCAAGUAGAACACAACAAAAGCACAUUUUCUCUCCUACCUCUCCACCCCCACCUCCCUGAAGUUGAAAAGCUGCAAACGAGGAGUGAUGUUCAGGAACUUUGUGUGGAAAGGGAACUAAGAACCAGACAGAUGAGGGAAGGGUUCCUUUGACAACAGCACUCACGGCACUGUGGGUUGCAACUUUGAAGCUUUGAAGAGUGUGGCUGCAGCUGGCUGGCUGGAUUAUCUGUCGCAGCCGCGCGAGGAGGAGAGGUGUGUCGUGGGCGACGCGAGAGCUCUUUAGUGAUCGGCGGGGAACAUCACUCCGCUUGGGCUGGAAGGCAGUGCGGGCUUCAGCAGCAGAGGCUGUCAAGAGGAAGAAAGCACGUUCAAGUGCCACACAGAUUUGACGUUGGAUCAGACGAACACCUGAGAGACUAUUAGAAACUGUCACGGUUGAGGCCGAGAGGAACGAACGCACUCAAGCACAACGCAGAUUUCAUUAAAAAUACAAGCUGCAGAACGGAGGAACAACGGAAAGGCUUUCAAGAAACUGCAAGUUUGGAGAAUAAGAUACUGACACUUGUUUAAAUGGUGGGCGCCUUAAUCAGGAACAUAAUCACCAGCGUUGGCAGUACCUGAUGAUGACACAGUGAAAAUGGUAAACAGUUACAGAUAAUUCACCAGAUUCUUAUUUGGGGAGUUGUAUUGUUUAACAUCCGGUCAGUGUAAAGUUGCUGCUCAAUGACUCAUUAAUGACCUAAUUAUGUAGUGCUGUAACAACUCACUUCGCAAUAGUAACCUGACCAUGUUAUAAAAGCUGCUUCUUACAGUUACAACCUCCAGUGUUUGUUUACUUCACCAUGGAAACAGAGACAGAUGGAUACAUGCUGAAAGUGCAUCCUUAGUUGUUUCUUCCAAAACAGCCAGUCUCACAGGUCGAUAAGAUAUUUCUGAACUCAACUGCUAUGGAAUGUUUCUCAGAAGUCUAAAUGUGAGCCCCAUGAUGAACCAUGGGUCUUUGAACAUUAAAAAUGGUUGACCUAACCCUCUUGAACCGAAGAGGCUAUUUUACUCACUGGCUAUUUUAAACUGUUUGCCGUAGAGGACCAUCUGGAUCUCAACACAGGUUUUGGACUGUUAAUCUUAGAGGACUAUUUGGUUGGGCGUCUUGAACUAGUGGGGCUGCUUUGAAGGCCUCACUGACCCCCCUGUGUGGGUGGAUGCAGAGAGAAGAGGUCUGAUUCUCUGGAUCUAUUCGGACUGAACUGACUGUCACCAUGGGGUGCAACAUGUGUGUGAUGCAGAAACCAGAGGAGCAAUAUCGAGUCAUGUUCCAGAGAGGGCACAUCAAUAACAUACUGCGCUCUUUUGAUGGUGACGGUCGACUGAAGGUGAAUGGUAAGGGUCUGUCUUACCUGUCUCAAGAUCAGGCUCUGGAGGCGCUCCGCUCGGGCCGGGAUUUAAGGCGUGGCCCCCGCCGGAGACUGGGCGUGCUUGGCGGUAGCGGAGGGGGCGGGGGUCCGGUGUUGGCCGUGCUGGCCGACUGUGUUGACAAUGGCACCCAGACGGACAUCAGCUUCCAGCACAUGCUUUCCCUGGGCCGCGCCCUGAACCAGCGGGGUGGAGGAGGAGGUGGAGGAGGAGGUGGAGGAGGUGGUGGUGGUGGUGGCGGAUGCGCUCCUCCACCCCCUCCCUACCCAGCCUACUCCCCCCCACCGUUGCCCCCGUUACCAGAACCCUACCUCCUGAACGAACUGCCGCCUAUGGAGCAUGACUACUAUGAUCCCAAUGACUACUUUGACAUCACCCAGCAUGAGGUGGACAGGCCUGACGAGCUGGAGUACGAGGAGGUGGAGCUGUAUAAAUCUCGGCAGCAGGACAAACUGGGGCUGACAGUGUGCUACCGCACUGAUGAUGAGGAGGACCUGGGGAUAUACGUGGGCGAGGUGAACCCCAACAGCAUUGCAGCAAAAGAUGGACGCAUAAGAGAGGGGGACCGAAUAUUGCAGAUAAAUGGUAUGGACGUCCAGAACCGGGAGGAGGCCGUGGCUAUCCUGACCCGAGAGGACAGCACCAACAUCUCUCUGCUACUGGCCCGACCUGACAUAGAGAAUGACAACCAGCUGGAUGUGGAUGAGCUGGAGCUGGAGCUUCAGAUGGGAAUUGAGGUUUUGGACAACGCCGUCCAACUACCCAGCCCUCCGUGCGGAGGUGCCCAGAGAAAGGGAUGCUUCCUGGGGGAGGCAGGGAGCGGUCGUGGGGCUGGAGGAGGGUUCAGACCUCCAGGCUCCCGUAGCUUGCCGCGGGACACCCCUCCUCCAUCGCCAGCCUCGCUGUGGCACACCGUGCUUAGCAACAGCCAGGAGCUGGACAGUGGCGUGGGGCGCACGGACGAGAGCACCCGCAACGAGGAGUCCUCGGAGCACGACCUCCUUGCCGACGAUGCGACCAGCGCCUGCACCACUAAUGCCACCAACACACCCGGGAGCUUGCGGAAGUUCCACGCCACCCCUCCCCCGCCGCUGCUGUCCUCCACCCGAGAGCUGCACUUCAGCAAUGACUCCCUGCUCGGACCUGAGGUGGGUGGGGGAGGGGGAGGGGCAGGAGGGGUCGGAGGUCACGCACCCCCUCACAUGGACACUCUGGCCUCGGUUCUUCUUCCCGGCCUGUCAGUGGAAGAGUGCAUGCGCUACCGCGAGCUUCUCGAGAUCCGCUGCUACUACGAGAAGAACGGGAGCGCCCUGCUGCUGCUGGGCGGAGAGGGGGGAGGGGCUAAAGGCGGGGAGGUGGAGUUUGUGGGCGAGGGCGGGGCACCGCUGGACGUGAACCGCAACGAGAGCCUGAUGCGCCACGAGCUGGCCCUGCUGGAGGAGGAACUGCGCCAUCUGGAGUUCAAGUGGCGCAACGUCCUGCGCGCACAGAAGAUGCAACAGCUGCGGGAGCGUUGCCUCAAAGCAUGGCCACCCAAUGAGGAAGAGGAGGUGGAGGAGGAGGAGGAAGUGGCAGGGGUGGAGGGGGCAAAAGCUAGGCCGGCUCAGAGCGGGCAGCCCCUGAGGCACGAGCUGUCGGAUAUCAAUGAGGUACCAGAGAGAGAGCGCUCGGAUAAGGACAGCACCAGCGCGUACAACACGGGCGGGGAGAGCUGCAGGAGCACCCCGCUAGCCAGCGAGCGUUUCCCCUCUCCCUCUGCCUCCGCUCAUGGCCACGGAGGAGACGGGGACUCCAGCGCCUCCGCAACACUGCGGCCUGCUCGCACUCCAAGCAGGCGCCGGACUCGGACGGACCAGCAUGGCCAGAACCUGCAGAACCUUAACCAGACGUACUCUCCUGGCAGCCGCAGGAGAGACGAGGAGCGGAGCGACAGCCGGAACUCCAGCCUAGCCUCCCGGUUCCGAUCCUUGUCCGGAAAUGGAGGGGGUACAGGGGCGUGUCAGAGGAGGGGGUCGGACGAGGCCAGGAGGACCCCAAGGUCUAACGGGGUGCCCGUGACUGGAGGCCGCAGUGCGGAGAACAGUCCCUACUUGUCUAGACGUCGCGGUGGCUCCCGGCUGCCUCAGCGCUAUCAGAGCUGCAUGCAGCUGCGCUCAACCUCCGCCAGCGAAGGACUGUGGCUACAGGACCAUGCUGAGGAGGCCUCUGCCACAGCCCUGAACCCAGUUACUGGGGAAAUGGAGCCCCUGUCUCCCAAUGCAGCUAAUGCUAACUCUGCUAGCCUCGCUAACUCUGCUAACAAUGCUAAUACACUCACCUUACCUUUACCCUUACCACCACCACUCCCCCCUGCUUCCCCACGCAUGGAGUGGAAAGUGAAGAUCCGUAGCGAUGGGUCGCGCUACGUUGCCAAGCGACCGGUGCGGGACCGGCUGCUGAAGGCGCGCGCCAUGAAGAUCAGUGAAGAGCGCAGCGGCAUGACGACGGACGACGACGCCGUCAGCGAGAUGAAGAUGGGCCGCUACUGGAGCAAGGAGGAGCGCAAGCAGCAGCUGCUGCGGGCCCGCGAGUACCGCCGCCGCCGUGAGUUCAUGAUGCAGAGCCGCCUGGACUGCUUGCGGGACCGUGAGAGCAGGGACCGGGGGGAGGGCGGGGGCGGAGGGCAGGACUCACCAGGGCACGCCUCCAUCCUGGAGCUUAGCCAGAAGAAGAGCAUGAAGAGGCGAAACCGUAAAAUCCUGGACAACUGGAUCACCAUUCAGGAGCUGCUGGCCCACGGGAGCCGCUCCGAAGAUGGGCAGAAAGUGUACAACCCACUUCUCUCCGUCACCACUGUUUAAAUUAGAGGAACAGGAGAGGAAAAAAGAGAGAAAGAAAUCGAACUGAAAGUGAUAGAAAAAGGCAUAGAGAUCGAGAGCCAGAGGAAAGAAUGAAGGAAUAAAACGGUUAUAAGCAAAAUGAAAUGAAAGAUUGAAAAAGAUGAAAAUACACUUAACCACAUGCUGCUAUACAUUUGUUGAGUAUAUUAAAAGGCAAUGAGGUAAAUCAUGAAAAACACAUGCACACAGCAUUCGUACAAUUAGAACAUAGUACCACACCAUGGGCAUAGCCCCAUGAAAGGGAUGCUGCACUCCAGUCAGAAAUUGAUAAAUGAAUGUAAAAUUUUCAUUAAAAUGAUUCGAUGCCUGUAAUUUUCUAACCAUUUUUCAUCACAAGAAUGUCUGUUUGGAGGUACUCCUAUGUAUUAAGACUUUGUACGACCUUUUUACCAUAAAUGCCAACUCUUUUUAUGAAAGCUUAUAGUGCCAUAACAAGCAUGAGGCCUAACAGAAAUGUCCAAUCUCCAUUUUCCGUAUUUUAGAAACAUGGCAUACAAUACUGUACACAGGAAACACAUUGCCCACAUAGUGGGCAGAAACACGACCAAAAAUAAGUUCAACCCUAUAACAGAUGCCUUAUGGGUUUUCUGUGGUUCUGACUCUACCUGACCAUUGUACAGCUUCUCUCUGUGUUCUUUCUGUGUUUUUUUUUGCUGUGUCUAUGUGCAUUUCUUGUGUCUGAACCCUGUACAUAGUUGAACUGUGGCGGCUCAACGAGACAGAAAACUGAAGUAGCACAGAGGAGUAAGAGCACAACCCUGUGCUGAUAAUCAGUGUAUAGGUGAAGCUGUGCAUUUGGCACUCCAGACACCGAAUGGUAUGCUGUCAGGACUGGACUGUUAUGUGAGGAUCAGUAAUGGGCUUUUUCCAAAUCAUUUUGUUUUUAGGAGAGGUGAUGGUUUAUGGCUUAUACUGUAUGUCCCCUGUGGUCCACAAAUGUAUGCAUUCCAAAAUAUAGGGUCAAAGGUCACGAACACUUCUGUUGAAAUUCUGUCAUUGACUCCAAUAUUGCGUUGUGUUCUUCGAAAUAAGACGUAAUUGCAUAAUUUUGAUAGGAGUAAAGAUGAUGAUGAUAAUGAUGAAAGAUGAAAGAUGAUGAAAGAUGAUGAAGACAAAGCACAGAACAACAAUUUUAAAGGCAUAAUAUUUAGGCAUAAAAAUGCUACUUAGCCAUAAUUAUGACUUCGUACUAGGGAAGUUGAGCACAAAAGCACUAAGGACCAAUUUCAAUUUGAAUGUCAUAAAUCUGCACAAUACUUUAAUGGAGCAAAGUGUUUCCUGAACAGAUCACUGAGAAAUGAACUGUUACUAUUUUCAUUCAGAAAGUGUGAUUUAUGAAUUCUUUGGAAAUACACAUGUGCAACAUGACCAUGCUAAUAAGCUUACUUAAACUGGAUGACAAAGGCAAAACUAUACUUGAUGUGCUGGAUGGCAAGAAGGAAGUUAUGAGCCAACGUUUGUAAAUCACAAUCUAAAUCACAAUGGAAGUGUGAAUACUAAGCCACAUUUUUUUAAAUUGACAGUCGAUUGGGGCUCUUUGAUUAUUUAAAGAAACUGCAUGUUGUGAAUAGCAUUCUUAACCAGUUUUUAUUCAAAACUGUAUUAACAGUUAUAUAUAAAUGUAGAGAACGUGUGUUUUAGGUCUGUAUGGAUGGAGUCAGGUGUGAAUUUGUUGUGUCUUAUUUUUGGCAUCGGCCUGUUUUUAACGAUAGUGUUGCUUUUACUGUGAAUUUGUGGUUCAGUGGUAGGCUUAUUGUAGAUACAGCAAAUGUUUUGUUCAAGAAAUGUUGUAAAAUAAAGCUUUUACCAAAACA